CCGCUGUCUUCUGCUUUCCCGCGGUGAUCACGAGUGGCUGGCGGAGGUGUGGAGCCAGACCAGAAGGAGGCAGCGGGCGGGACAGCCUGCGAGCAGCCAGAGCUGCAGCGAGCGCGGCUUGGAAAGCCUCCUCACUCCACCACUCUGGGGCAGGAGAGGAACGCACAGCCCCAACUGGACAGAGAAGAGUGGAGCUCUGGGACGGCCACCUGGACCAGGCUCCUCCUGCAUUCCACGUGGCUCUGUCGCUAUGUGCUUAUGGAUCACUGAAGAUCUCCAGUUCUGAGACAGGAAAGAAACCCUGCAUGCUUCCAGAACCCGUGCUUCACAGACUUAGAGGGAACAGACUUUCUGGCCUGAGGUUCUGACCUGAUAAGAUGUCCCUUUCCCAAGGAACUGGAGGUAGAGGACACGCUCUCUGACCCUCAGGAGUUCCACUCGGAUCCCCUGCAGCCUCUGGGAGCCAUGAGGCAGUCGUGGCCCCUCUGGUGCGGGCCCCUCUGGGUGCUUCUCACUUGCUGCAGUGCUCAGGUGCGCCGAGCCCACGCCAGGUCCCAGGACCAUCCAGGGUUUGCAGUCCUGGCUUCUGCUUCCCAUUACUGGCCAUUGGAAAAUGUGGACGGGAUCCAUGAACUUCAGGAUUCGGCUGGAGCACUGCAAGCCCACAACCUCACUGUGCUUCCUUCCCACAAUUCUGCCUUUGUGCAUACCAAUGACUCUGCCUACUCCAAUCUCUCUGCAACCGUAGACAUCGUGGAAGGGAAGGUCAACAAGGGCAUCUACCUCAAGGAGGAGAGAGGCGUGACGCUGCUGUACUACGGCAGGCUCAGCACCUCCUGCAUCAGCAGCCCCGCACAGUGCGACCCCGAGGGGGUCACAUUCUCCUUCUUCUGGAAGACACAAGGAGAACAGUCUAGACCCGUCCCUUCUGCAUACGGGGGACAGGUCAUCUCUGACGGGUUCAAAGUCUGCUCCACAGGCGGCAGAGGCUCCGUGGAAUUGUACACACGGGAGAAUUCCAUGACGUGGGAGGCCACCUUCAGCCCCCCAGGUCCCUACUGGACGCAUGUCCUGUUUACGUGGAAAUCCCAGGAGGGCCUAAAAGUCUAUGUCAACGGGACGCUGAGCACCUCUGACCCGAGUGGGAAGGUGUCCCACGCCUACGGCGAGCCCAGCGCCAACCUGGUGAUUGGGUCUGAGCAGGACCAGAGCAAGCGCUACGAGAGCGGGGCUUUCGAUGAGUUCAUCAUCUGGGAACGCGCCUUGACUCCAGACGAGGUCGAGAUGUACUUCACGGCUGCCACAGGAAAACACGUUUGGUCGACUUCCACACCAGGCUUCUCCAUGACGCCCACAGCAGACACCAUGAUGCCCACUGACGCCUACCACCCCAUCAUUACCAACCUGACAGAGGAGAGGAAGAACUUCCAAAGACCCGGAAUCGUGCUGAAUUACCUUCACAAUGUGUCCUGUGGCUUGCCCAACAAGUCCCUUUCGGAGGACACAGCGCUGACCCUCACAGAGACCUUCUUGAACACCGUGGGCGAGCUGUUCCUACUGCCUAGUUGGACCGACGUGUCAGAGGACAAGGUCCUGGUGCUGGGCCUGAUUGACACCAUCGAUGCUGUCAUGGGCCACGUAUCCUCCAACCUGCACGCCAGUGAGCCCCAGGUCUCCAUCAUGGGAUCUUCCUCCAUGGCAGACUUCUCCGUGGCCAAGGUCCUCCCCAGGAUGCUGAGUGCCCCUCACUACCGCUUCCCUGCCCAUGGGCAGAGCUACAUCCAGAUUCCCCGCGAGGCCCUUUGCAGCUCAGCCUGGACCACCAUCGUGGGCCUGCUCUACCACUCCGUGCACUACUACUUGAACAACGUCCAGCCAGCCAGCACAGAGAUUGCCGAGGCAGCCAACUGCAGAGCCUGCUUGCUGUCUGCUGCCAGCUACCUGAUUUCCCUGGAGGUGUCCCCACCACCCACCGUCUCCCAGAAUCUCUCAGGGGCUCCUCUCAUCACUGUUCAUCUCAGGCACAGGCUGACUCAGAAGCAGCGCAUCGAUGCCUCCAAUGCCAGCAACCGCGUCUUCCUGUACUGUGCCUUCCUGAACUUCAGCUCCGGCGAAGGCGUCUGGUCGAGCCAGGGCUGUGUGCGCACGGAGGGGAACCUCACCUACUCAGUCUGCCACUGCACGCACCUCACCAACUUCGCCAUCCUUAUGCAGGUGGUUCCGCUGCAGCUCACGCGUGGACACCAGGUGGCGCUGUCGUCCAUCAGCUACAUCGGCUGCUCUCUGUCUGUGCUCUGCCUGGCCGCCACGCUGGUCACCUUCGCCGCGCUGUCCUCUGUCAGCACCAUCAGGAACCAGCGCUACCACAUCCAUGCCAACCUGUCCUUUGCUGUCCUGGUGGCCCAAGUCCUGCUGCUCAUCAGCUUCCACGCUGAGCCGGGCACGAUGCCCUGCCAGGUGCUGGCCACGCUCCUGCACUACUUCUUCCUGAGCGCCUUUGCGUGGAUGCUGGUGGAAGGGCUGCACCUCUACAGCAUGGUGGUCAAGGUCUUCGGCUCGGAGGACAGCAAGCACCUCUACUACUACGGGCUGGGUUGGGGGUCCCCGCUCCUCAUCUGCAUCAUCACCCUAGCGUCCACCAUGGACAGUUACGGGACGCGUGACAACUGCUGGCUGUCCCUGGGGAGUGGUGCUAUCUGGGCCUUCGUGGCCCCUGCCCUGCUGGUCAUUGUGGUCAACCUUGGCAUCCUCGUUGCUGUGACCAGGGUCAUCUCCCAGAUCAGUGCCGACAGCUACAAGAUACACGGGGACCCCAGUGCCUCCAAGCUGACAGUGAAGGCCGUGGCCGUUCUACUGCCCAUCCUGGGGACCUCGUGGGUGUUUGGUGUGCUUGCCGUCAAUGACCGGGCCCUGGUCUUCCAGUACACGUUUGCCAUACUCAACUCCUUGCAGGGCCUCUUCAUCUUCCUCUUUCACUGCCUGCUGAACUCAGAGGUGAGAGCCGCCUUCAAGCACAAAACCAAGGUCUGGUCCCUUGCCAGCAGCUCCGCCCGCAGCACAAAGCCCCUCAGCUCAGACCUCAUAAAUGGGACCAGGCCUGGCACGGGCUCCACCAAGCUCAGCCCCUGGGAAAACAGCAGCCACUCUGUCCCCCGCGUGGACCUGUCUGCUGUGUGAGCCGCAGCAGCUGACGAGUGCCUCCCCAGAGCAGAGCAAAAGGAGCACCUUGCCCACCGUGGGACCCUCCCCUGCUGUCUGGACCUGGGGUCACAGCCCCCACCUGUGACUCUGCAGAAGAGCACCCUGCCAGCUCCUGCAGCCUGACACCCUGGGCGGCGUGGCCAGAGACCACAUGGCCCUCCUGCUUGGUGCACCUGAGCACUGGCUGCCCCCUGAGGACACUGCAGGGCAUGGUGACCCACUGCCACACCCAGCAUGAGCCUCUCCCGUCACCACGUGCGCAGAGCAUCAGACCCAGCCAGGCCAUGGCACGUGGGGCACAGCUGUAGCUCCAAGAGGAGGUCGCCUCUGCCCUGUCCUGCAGGGUAGUUAAGGUCCCCAUGCAGCCCCAGAGGGUCAGCCGAGGUGGCUGUGGAGUGUGGGGAGUGGGUGGGAGUUCCCAGUCUGGCGACUCCACCCACAGCUGCUUGGAGCCAGCCCCAGCCCCAGCCAGGGUGCAUGGCCUCCUUCAGGGUUAUGCCACCUCACCCCCUGCCAUGUGGCCAGUUCUGGGGCCUCCACUCAUGUGGGGACUUGAGAAUGGAGUCGCUGACUGUCCCUGGCAGGUGCCUACACUGGUUCUUAACCCUUGUAAAAGGCACAGUCCAGAGGCCUGGGCUUUGGGCUGUCAGACGCCAUCGCCCAGGGAGCCCCUCAGCCCACUCCCGGUGAGUUCUUCCUCUCUGGACCCAGGUCAGCCUUCAAACGCCGCUUUCCUAGCAGGAGCCUUCUCUCCAGCCCGUGGCUCUGACAGAGCCGACUGUCUCCUGUGGAUCCCAAGGCAGGGAUCCUUGCUUCUUCCUCCGCGUCUAAGGAGCAGACUGGCGCCAGCAGCAUAGACACUGGCUCCUGCCCUGCAGGAGCAGCCACUGCCUGGGGCCGUCUGCUCCCGUGGCGGCCGGCGGACCUGACGGUCCUCUGCCCAGCACUAAUGGAUGGACUCAGACUUGGCCCUGGGGAGCGGGGCCACUGUGACAACUCCGUGUGGGCAAGGUCCUGGCUGCUCUGGGACUGGGAUCGUAGGUGUGAACACCAGGGACACCUGACACGGGCCGGGAACGGCCGCACUGUGACCCGGGCCUGAGCGUGGCGGGGAAGUCCAGCCGAGUCAGACCUGGUUUUGAUACUGGAAUUCUCCACUUUAGACUGUGACCCAGGCCUCAUCAGCGCCUCUCCCACGCCCACUCUGCCCAGUGUUGGUCUUGACGUACUUCUGUGGACUUUUCCACCUUCAUCUGGAGUCUCCAUCCGGAGUCUUUUUUCUCUUUAACAACAGAUCACUUUUUUUGCAUGGCACCGGGGUCUGUCUGGGGGCCUCGCACAUGCUGGGCAAGUGCUCCUCCUGAGCUGCACACAUAGUGGCCUGCUCUUGGGGACGGGCACCAGUCCCUGACAGGCAUGAGUGGUGUGUCAAGGGCCGGCCUCUGUGCUGUCCAGGCCAGUCCACAGUGCCCCCGCCAGCUGAGCCCAUUGUGACCACACCCUCUGGCUGUGCCAUGGCAUGAACCCAGGUCACACAGGCUGAAGCCACCAUGAGACCCUGUGUGUAGGGCCACUGCUCAGGCCUCUUGUGAGUUCUGCUACCAGACCAGUGAACGCCUGGCUAGACCCUGUCCUGCCAUGAGCACCCACGGUGAGAACACGUCCCUCAGCGCACACUCAGAGCUAGGAGCUGUGGCGUCCACAGGGUGCUUGCUCCCUGCUCCUUGCUUCUUGGCUCCCAGCUCUCCGCCAUGCUCUGUGCCUGUGACUCUUUGUUUCCAGGUAGCUUCUGGCCUUCACUUAUGGGCUGGGCGCCUUGGCCUCCACCCACCUUGCCAUCUGUGCUGUUUGGUCCACUCAAGAAAUCGGGAAGAAUGGUGUCUUUAAAGCAGUUCUAACCCAGGGAAGAGGAUGGCAGCCUCUCAGUACUGAAAUGUGUUGUGAUUUUCAUGCAAUAAAACCGUAGUGUCCUGAAGAGGAGCGUGGCCUUGGAGAUCUGUUGGCAGCGGGGUCUCUGCUACUGGAAGCACAGGGGCCAGAUGCCGGCCUGGGGCUCGCUCACCCGCAUUCAGCGCCUCCAGGUGCUCAGGGCUCUCGCAGCCUCAGUCCAGGGGCCGGGACUGGAUGCCCCCAAGCAGCGGAUGUGGGAAGGAUGCGGGCGGCGGAGGCACUGGGCUGUGCCCACGCAGGCAGAGUGCUGCGGGGCCGUGGCACUGCCCUGUGUUGCUCGCCGUGCCAGCUCUGCUCUAGGACCCAGCACUCAUGGCGUUUCCAGCUGACCACACGGCUCGUCCUGGGCGAGUGGAAUGCCCGGUGCUGUUUGCACCAGGUAGCGUCUGGGCUCCUAGUGUGCGUCAGCAUUACACACUUGGAGCAUGAGUGCAAGAUGCUUGUAUAAGUAUCGUUAUGAUGCAUAUUUAUAUGUCACACAUGCACCUUAGUACGCUUCAUGCCGUCUACGAUAGUGGACGGGUGAUGGAUGGAUAGACAUUGCUGUUUUCAAUGUCUUUGUGCUUGUGACGU